AGCCUGGCAACGGGGGUGCCGCAGCGCAGCCGGGUCACCCUGCGGCCCAGCCCUGCUGCGCUGGCCACGCUCAGCCGGACAAGCAGCCGCGUGUGGGACGCCUCGGCCGCAAAACGGUUCCCCAGGAAGCGGGUGCUUGUCGGUGAAAGGACUUUCGGAGCCGGCGUAACAUCCCUGGGAUGAGGCCAGAGUAGCUCCCUAGAGCUGCUGGCAUCUCCAGCCCGGUAGAAAAUGUCUUUUAGAGGCAGAGGAGGUGGAGGUGGCGGCAGAGGAUAUGGAGGAGGAGGCGGCAGAGGAGGCUUCAAUCGUGGUGGAGGAGGUGGCUUCAAUCGUGGUGGAGGAGGUGGCUUCAAUCGUGGUGGACGAGGUGGCUUUGGACGAGGAGGUGGUGGGCGCGGAGGCUUCAACAGAGGAUAUGACCAAGGACCUCCUGAAAGUGUAGUUAUAUUGGGCGAGUUCAUGCAUCCUUGUGAAGAUGACAUUGUUUGUAAAUGUACGACAGAAGAAAACAGAGUGCCUUAUUUCAAUGCACCAGUUUACUUGGAUAAUAAAGAGCAGAUUGGCAAAGUGGAUGAAAUAUUUGGGCAGCUAAGAGAUUUUUAUUUUUCAGUUAAACUGUCUGAGAACAUGAAGGCAUCUUCAUUUAAAAAAUUACAAAAGUUUUAUAUUGACCCUGCAAAGUUGUUGCCAUUGCAAAGAUUUUUGCCAAGGCCUCCAGGUGAGAAGGGUGCUCCAAGAGGAGGUGGUAGAGGAGGAGGACGUGGAAGAGGAGGAGGUAGAGGUGGAGGAAGAGGUGGAGGUGGCUUCAGAGGAGGACGAGGAGGUGGAGGCUUUAGAGGAGGAAGAGGUGGAGGUGGUGGCCGUGGUUUUAGGGGAAGAGGACGUUAAAAAGUGGAGUUACUGGAUCUAACUUCUGAAUGUUCUAGUGGACCUGCAAAGUUUAAAAACAAAAAACUUUUUAAAGAAAUCUAGGUGACAAAAUAGUUUGCCAACAUGGAUUGUUACAACUAAUGGAUACUGAUCAACACGUGAAGAUGAUGUGUUCACUGAUGAAUUGGAGGCAGUUUUUUAUUCUUCACUUGAAAUAUACUUGAAUGUUUUUUAAUUAUCUUAAGCAGACUUUAAAUUUUAUAUUUUUAUAUUCUUCAUUUCUGAUCAUCUAUUUUAGUUAGUGUUGACUUCAUGUUGAAGUUGAAAGUAAGUGAUCCAGUGAAGAAGUAAAAAAGAAGUUGUAGACUCUCAAAAGAGCACAGACAUGAAUCUGCAUUAUACAUGACUGAAGUCUUGUUCUCGCUGUCCUUUUAUUGUUGCAUCUAUUAUGCUCUAUCUGUGGCGCACACCCUGCUUAACAAGUAUCAUCAUUUAAAAAUAUUAACAUUUGUCUUUGUUUAAAAAUAAAAAAAAUUGUAUAAAAUGCACCGUAUAAAGAAAGGAGGGUAACAAAGAAUGCUCACUAUACUUUCCUAUAGAAAUCUUGAUUAAAAUUAAAAAUGGACCAGUAACUUUUGGGAAAGUCAAGAUUGUUAAUAUCAGUACUUAUAUAGGCCACAUCAGUUUUUGUGCCAGAUUGUGUCGGAUAGUGAGGAGUAUUAGUCCCUUACAGGUGUGCUGUAAAACAAGCAUUGUAGAAAGGAGCACAGGAUUCCACAAACUGCUGGCAUGUAUUUGUCCUGUGAAUCUGGUUUUGGGCAAGCCUGUCCAAUGAGAUGCAUUAUGGGAUGAGUGGAAUGCUAAAAUCGAUUAUGGCUCUUCGGAGUUUGGGUUUGGGCCAAUCUAUUCUGCAGGCAAACAUGCAAGAAGAUUUUUAUAAAAGCUUCUUAAUAAUCAGCAGGGGACUGGGACAUUUUAUUAAAGGUGUACAAAAUAAACGGGGAAUGUUUUGUGUAGUAUUUUCCCCUUGAAAGAAAAAUAAACUGGCAUGGAACAUACCAUUA